GGGCACUGGGGCGCCGAGGAGUCAGAGCCCGGCGCUUCAUCUGGGCUUGGGGGAGGCAGUGGCGGCUGAGGGAAGGAGGAGGAUAAGGAGGAGGAACGAGGCCAGCAGGAGGCAACGGCAGCGACGGGGCCGGGGUGAUGGUGCAGGUGCCCGGGGUCGGUGCGGAGCUGCCGGGCUGAGGGACGCCUGGUCCAGGGUCCGCAGCGCCGCCGCGUCGCUCCAGGGCGGGCGGGCGGGAAGAUGCUGAGCAGGUUGAUGAGCGGCAGCAGCAGGAGCCUGGAGCGCGAGUACAGCUGCACCGUGCGGCUGCUGGACGACAGCGAGUACACCUGCACCAUUCAGAGAGAUGCCAAAGGCCAGUACCUGUUUGACCUUCUUUGCCACCACCUGAACCUACUUGAGAAAGACUAUUUUGGUAUCCGCUUUGUAGACCCAGAUAAGCAGCGGCAUUGGCUGGAAUUUACAAAGUCUGUGGUGAAACAAUUGAGAUCCCAGCCUCCAUUCACCAUGUGCUUCCGUGUGAAGUUUUAUCCUGCAGACCCUGCUGCUCUGAAAGAAGAAAUAACCAGGUAUUUAGUCUUCCUACAGAUCAAAAGGGAUCUCUACCAUGGCCGACUCCUCUGUAAAACAUCGGAUGCUGCCUUGUUAGCAGCUUACAUCCUUCAAGCGGAGAUUGGGGAUUAUGACUCAGGGAAACACCCUGAAGGCUACAGCUCCAAGUUCCAGUUUUUCCCUAAACAUUCAGAGAAGCUGGAAAGGAAAAUUGCCGAGAUUCACAAGACAGAACUCAGUGGUCAAACACCAGCAACAUCAGAGCUGAACUUCUUAAGAAAAGCACAGACAUUGGAAACAUAUGGAGUAGAUCCUCACCCAUGUAAGGACGUGUCAGGAAAUGCUGCAUUUCUGGCCUUCACUCCUUUUGGGUUUGUUGUUCUUCAAGGAAACAAGAGGGUCCACUUCAUUAAAUGGAAUGAGGUGACCAAGCUGAAAUUUGAAGGAAAGACUUUCUAUUUAUACGUAAGUCAGAAAGAGGAAAAGAAAAUUAUUCUUACAUAUUUUGCUCCAACUCCUGAAGCGUGUAAGCACCUCUGGAAAUGUGGAAUCGAGAACCAAGCCUUCUACAAGCUGGAGAAGUCAAGCCAAGUCCGCACAGUGUCCAGCAGCAAUUUAUUCUUUAAAGGGAGCCGGUUCCGAUACAGUGGCCGAGUUGCAAAGGAAGUCAUGGAGUCAAGUGCUAAGAUCAAACGGGAGCCACCGGAAAUACACAGAGCAGGGAUGGUUCCCAGCCGGAGCUGUCCCUCCAUAACCCAUGGCCCAAGGCUGAGCAGCGUCCCCAGGACCCGCAGAAGAGCUGUUCACAUCUCCAUCAUGGAAGGCCUAGAGUCCCUACGGGACAGUGCCCAUUCCACGCCAGUGCGUUCCACUUCCCAUGGGGACACCUUCCUGCCUCACGUGAGAAGCAGCCGGACAGAUAGCAAUGAGCGCGUAGCUGUGAUUGCAGACGAGGCCUACAGCCCUGCAGACAGCGUGCUGCCCACCCCUGUGGCUGAGCACAGCCUGGAGCUGAUGUUGCUUUCCCGGCAGAUCAAUGGAGCCACCUGCAGCAUCGAGGAGGAGAAGGAAUCUGAAGCCAGCACCCCAACUGCUACAGAGGUGGAGGCCCUUGGGGAAGAGCUGAGGGCCCUGUGUCAGGGGCACAGCGGGCCCGAGGAGGAACAGGUGAAUAAGUUUGUUCUAAGUGUCCUCCGUUUGCUCCUUGUGACCAUGGGACUCCUCUUUGUUUUGCUCCUCCUCCUGAUCAUCCUUACUGAGUCUGACCUUGACAUUGCCUUUUUCCGCGAUAUCCGCCAGACCCCCGAAUUUGAACAAUUCCACUAUCAAUACUUUUGUCCCCUCAGGCGAUGGUUUGCCUGCAAAAUCCGCUCAGUGGUGAGCCUGCUCAUUGACACCUGAGAAGGCAUGACUCCUCCCAAAAACUAGCCAGGUGGACCAAGGAGCCCGGCUACCCAUUCCCAGCAAUGGGACCCAUCGCGGAACCAUCGGCACAUAUACCAAGUCCUCCUCUCAUGACUCAAAGUCCACUGCAGCCUAGGAGGGUGUUUCCCAGAGGAAGAAAGGGAUAGGCUCACGCCCUGUCUAAACAAACUGGGAAAACUCAUUUUCUUCAGAAGUUAUUUCAAGAAAGGCUCAGCGACUCUGUUUCUCAUCUUUCCAAUUUGCAGGAUAAUUUUUGGGUUUGAAUUUUGAUUUUUCAUAGAUGUGUAUUAUUUUGAAGUAUCAAAAAUAAUUUAUUUUACUAUUACUGAUUAUUGCAGUAGUGUCACCUAGCAGAGGGGACACUAGUUGAAGACUAGAGAGCUGCUGUCCUCUGUAUUCUGCAGGAGCUUUUCCUGCUGGUGCCACUGGGUUCCAGUAGACUCAUCACUGCAGCCUCAGCAGGGCAGGCCAGGGAUAUGGACAAUGGGGACUGUUUUUUUUGUUUUUUUUUUUGUUUUUUUUUUGCCAGCCAGAACUUUUAAAAAAGUAAACAUCCAUGUAGAAUGAUUAAAUGGAAAGUUGCUUCUUAUGAUGGUCUGAGUUGGAUUUUCUUUUCCUUUUGUUUUUUCAAAUCUGAGCAGAGUGGGCAUCUGAAGGGACCACCGCUACAGCAGCAGCAGCAGCAGGGGUGGGGUAAGUCUGUCCCCUUAGUCUAGAGCCUAGUGGGCAUCACCAUAGUUUUGUAUAAUGAAACUAGACUUAACAUGAUUUUUUUUUCUGAAGAACCUCAAGACUUUUAUAGUGCUCCAGGGGCGUUAAACGAAUUCAGUGGUACCAGAGAUAGUUCCGUCAGAAAUGUUGGACAAAGUGUGGUUAAGAGAAAGCAGUUACCUGAGAGACUGUUGAGAUUUGGAGAGCAGUGCUUAUUUUAUAUACACCCCCCUGACCCAAAGACUAUUUCAAUUUAUAUUUUAACAACGAAAUGUUAUUUUCUUAACAAUUCAUAUUUUCUUUUUACUUUAUGGAUUAAGAAAAUAGAGCCUGAUGAACUAAACGAUGCAAGAAAGAAACUGAUCCCGAGAAUGAAAAGCUUCAGAAAAUAGAAUUCCAAGAUCAACAGCCUUAGAAGGGACCAGGAAAAGAAUCUUUUAAAAUAGGAUUUCUAAGAGAUGCCUACAAAACACAGAAUGUGACCGUGGCAGAGACCAACACUUAGAUGUAGAAAUGCUGCCCCCUAGGGUCAUCCUCUGCAUAAGUUCUAGGAAAGCAUCACCAUCCUUACAGAGGGAAGUCCUGGAAGCACGCAGAAGCACAGGCAUAUGAAGGGCGAGUGUGGGAUCCUAGGCCCAAGCUCUUCAACUCUAAAACCAAUCACACACAAGAUCCUGUUUUCAUCUCAGGGAGAGAUUUCUAAGUCAUCUGGGGCUUGAGGGCUUAUUUAACGAUGGUCAAUGGACACAUUCCUGGACCCACACAAAAGUAGAACAGCUGCUGAUACCCUAAUUGGACAGCCCCAAAUGCAGAACAGAACGCGUCACUUGUAGACUUGACCUCCCCUGUUUUGUCCCCUGAGAUGGUAGAACCAGGUCCAUGUUUAGAAUAUGACAACUGUGGAAUAAUUGGGGUUCUUAGGGAGAGAUCUGCAUAAUUUUAAAGACAUCCUUUCAUCUAGACCAGAGGUCAAUAAACUUAUGUAAAGUGCUACACAGUAAAUAUUUUGGUUUAGCACGCCAUACUCUGUCACAACUGCUCAAUUCUGCCAUCACAGCACAAAAACAACCAUAGAUAAUUUGUAAAUGAAGGAACAUGGCUGUGUUCCAAUAAAACUUUAUGAAAACAGUGAACUGAAUUUGGCCUACAGGCCAUAAUAUGCCAAUCCUGCUCCAGACAAUAAAACUGAUCCUUACCAGUAUGUUAGCAGAAGAGGGUCAGUCAGCUGUUUCCAUGCCUGACAUGUAUCAAAGAUCUGGGACCUCUUCCCAGUGGAGGCACCAGGGUUGCUUGUUUAAAGGGUGCUUGAACAACUAACCAGCAAAGAGAUGUCUGAUGCCAAAUGGGCAAGAUCAAAUACUGUAAUGCUAAAACACAGCUGGAAUCUAAGAAGGAAAGAGGGCUUCUCUGACCAUUUUCAUACCAGCAACAAUUUAGCAGAAUUAUAAACAUCUAUUUAACGAGUGACAAUACAAACCGAAGGAGAUCCUAGUAGAGAUUAGGGGUCAGUUAAAAUCAACUAGCCACUGCCACUUGUCAUCUACAUAGCAAAGGCUUUAUUUAGCACAGGACUAACGGGAAAAGUAGACCCAGAGAUGAAAAGGCUGUCAGGAGACAGGGGGCUGGUGUCCACCUGGAUAUCUACUGUCUUAUGCAACAUAGAAGAUUAACUUUUAGUGUAGUGCUCCUACCUCAGUUUGUAGAAUCUGGUGUUUCUAUGCAGUGAGUGAUAGCCUCAACUCUGACCUUUCAUAUUCACAUUAGAGACAGAUGCAGUAUUCCAUAUCCUAUUAUGUUCCUUGUGUCUAGAGUUCUAACAGUACAGUAGUCUAUGCCAUUUCUAACAGCUAAAUUUUGCUCUCUAAACAAAAUUUAGGGUUGUUUUUUUCCAGGGCUCAUCCCAGAAAAUAUGGAUAGAAAAGUUUCCUUCAGUUUGCUUUUCAAAUAGUGCUUGAAUAAUAAACCUCCUUUGAUUGGUGACUAGUCUUUUUCGGUGUAUCUCCACAUUAAAAAUUGUUCAAGUUUUUAACCUGGUUAUACUGUGUUCUAACAUGUCUCUCAUUUUCUCUCAAAAUUAUUUUAUCUCAUUGUAAAAAAAGCAAUGGUUUUCAUAGCUUCAUCUAUCAGGAAAUAAAACUCUUACUAAAGAAUAGCAUACUGCAUCUUUAAGCAGCAGAGGGUGAACUACCUGCAAAUGUGAAUUUCUUAGAUUCAUUUAAAAAUAUAUAGUUGUUAACCUUCCGUGUGCCAAAAACUCUUAAGUUACAUUUUCCUUCAAAGCAAUGUACUUUUUUUCUACAUAUGCAGUAUGUAGUUAGCAUAAAAUCAUUGGUGCCAUGAAGAUUAUUUUUAAACUUAAAUAAAUAUUUAAAUAUCAUA